CCGCAGCUCACUUUUUUCCAACCAACUCAUCUGAAAAGAAGUGGAACAACGCACUCACUCCAUUUGUUUCUUUUUUUACAUUUAUUAGAGUCUUUUACUUUGUUCAUAGUGAAACGCGGAAAACAGUCAAACAAAGGCGCAAACGAAAAAAAAAGAAAAUAGGAGAAAAGCUAUUUAGAAGAAGUGUUUAAAAAAGAUAGUGCGUCAAUUAAAUGUGACGUAGAGAGCAAAGAUAGAAAAAGAAAUAAUAAUAAAAACAGAAAAUCAAUUUCAAAACAAACGGCAGUUAUUUAACGGAGAUAAAAGUGCAUAAAUCGUUAUUCGAUUCGAUUUAAAGGUGAUCUAAAGGAAAUCUGUGUUUUUCGUAUACGCACGUCGUCAUAAUAUUUGUAAGUGCGUAACCGAAGUUGAAAAAAAAAAUAAUAAUAAACAGACAAACAGUUCAGUAGUCUUCAGUCGGGAAAGAAGAUUUUCCUAGGAAACAUUUUAUUGAUCUAGUUUUACCAGAGAAGAGAUCUAGUUUCGUGUGUCUUCUUGAGAUCACUAGUGUAUCUACUAUUUAAAAGCGAUUAAAAGUUAUAGUCUAAUCAAGAAUGGCUGAUGUGUCACAUGAACUCGGAGCGUUGCGAUUUGUUGUGGAAUCUCCCCUAUCAUCAAAAGUUGCAAUGUUUAAUAACGCUGUAUCGAAACACCAGGAAUCACAACACUUGAACCCUUUUUCACAAUCAGGUGUAGGUGGUCUUCCCAAGCCAACUUUUAAGAAAGGUGAAUAUGGAAAACCUUUAGCUGGAAGCCUGACAGAACAACGUGGUCAAAAAGCCAACAUUCACGUUCUUAAGGAAAUGCUUGAGCUUUGUCAAAUUAUUGAUUCUGAAGGCUACGAUGUUAAAGACGAACCUGAAAUGAAAGUCAUUCCAUUUGGUGAACUUUUCAAUAUCUAUACUUACAUAUCUGAUAAAGUUGUUGGCAUUUUACUUCGAGCACGCAAACAUAAACUUGUUGAAUUUGAAGGAGAAGUUUUGUUUCAGCAUCGUGACGAAGAUGUUCCAGUGUUUUUGUUGAAACCAAUCAAAGAAAUUCGUCAAAUUUUAACAGAUAAACAAGAUGAAAUUCGACGCAGUGUCAGUCCGGCUCCUCAAGCAACAUCUGUAAUAAUGGAUCAACAAAAAACACCACGCCCAAGUCCAUCACCUUCGCCAAAACCAAAAGCAAGUACCACAAAAAAGGCACAGGAAAAAACCGAAGGUGCCAAAGUAGAAAUCGUUAAGCCCAUCGCACAAAAAGCAAAUCCUAUCAUAAAUGUUGAAGAUAAAUCGAAAACUGAAGUUCAAAACAACAUACCGGCAGUAACAGCCGAACCGGCACCUCAAGAAUCCAAAGUAGAACAAGUGCAAGUGGAACCCGUUAAAGAAGUAACAGAAGGAUCUUCAAAAUCUGAAGAAUCACCACCAGCUGCAGAAAUAAAAGAAUCUGUUCCAACUGUUCCUGAGACAAUAGUAACUCCACCAACACCUACAGUUGAAUCAGCUCCUACAAGUAUUGCUCCAACGUCGUCGGUGGAAGCUAACGAAGCAAUCCCUGCAGUUGUCGAAGAAAAACCAGAUGUAAAUAAUAACAACGAUGAAGCUCCUGCGAUAAUUGUUGCAAAUGAAAUAUCAUCGAUUGAAGACCAAUCCCCAGCCGACACAGGCUCGGCUACAACCACAAUCCCAAACACUGCAGACAUUUAAUUUCUAAGUAAACCACCUAUUACUGUUUAAAAUAGCUUUAAUAAAAGUCCUAGUUAAGGUUUUAUUUAAUUCGGAUCUAAUCGA